UACAGAACCUCCAUUAUCUACUAGUCGUCAAGGUCUACAGAGGAGCACUGUUCCUUCUGGCAACAUACUCCCAGCACGUUCUCUUCAACCUCCACCACCCUACACACCCAGACAUGUAGGCUUUCAACUCAGAACACUUAGAGCCCCUACUCUUCCUGAAUCUCACGUUGGCCCAAACAUGAUAUUGCCAAAUACAGAUCAUCAACAAGCAAAUUCAAAAAAUGUGCUAGAUCUGAGGUACCCUACAUUUCUCGAACCAAAGGGUGGUCGAAACACAAAUUCGGUGAAUAGAUCUAAUCAACGUUCAGAUUCAGUGCAUAUGGCAAGAGGUCGGAGAUAUCCAAAAUUUCUUAAAACAAAUGUUGCCCCGAACGCAGUAUCACCAAAUACAUCCAAUCACUUUUCAAAUUCAAUGAAUCGGCCAGAAGUUCAGAGGUAUUCUACAUUGCCUGAACCGAACGUUGGCUCAAAGACAACAUCGCUAAAUACACUUCAUCAUCAUCCAAAUUCAAUAAAUGUGCUGGGAUAUCAGAGGUAUUCUACAUUUCUUGGAUCAAAUAUGAAUACAAACAUAGAAACGCCAAAUAUGCUAAAUCAAUUUUCGAAUUCAAAGAAUAUAAUAAAAGGUCGAAGGCAUCCUACAUUUCUUGAACCAAAUAUUGGCUCAAACACAGCAUCGUCAAAUAAACUUAAUAAACGUUUAAAUUCAAUAAAUGAGCCAGGAGGUCAGAGGCAUCACACACUUCUUGAACCGAAUAUUGGUCCAAAUACAGCAUCGUCAAAUUCAGUUCAACGGUCAAAUUCAAUAAAUACACCAGGAGGUCAGAGGCGUCCUACAUUCCUUGAACCGAAGAUUGGCCCAAACACAGCAUCGACGAAUACACUCAAUCAACGUUUAAAUUUAACAAAUAAGGCAGGAGGUCCUAGGCAUCCUACAUUCCUUGAACCAAACGCAGCAUCGACAAAUACACUCUAUCAACGUUUAAAUCCAAUAAGUAUGCUGGAAAAUCAGGGGCCUUCUAGAAGUAUCGAACCAAACGUUGAUCCAAGCAUAGCAUCGUCAAAAGUAGUCGAACAUUGUUUAAAUUCAGGAGAUCAAACGCAUCCCACAUAUCUGAAACCAAACGUAGGACGACACACGACAAAGAAAAAUUCAUUUAAUCAACGUUCGAAUGCAUUACGUUUGUCAGGUGGUAUAUUUUGUGAAACGAACGUAGGACGAAACACGAGCCAGUUGAAUACAUUGAAUCAUCAACUGAAUGAAAUGAAUAUGAAAUAUCCGUCGAAUAUAAAACCGAACACUAAACCGAAUGAAACAAAUAAUCAGCAACUAAAUUCGAUGAAUAUGCCAAUAACUGGAAUUUAUUCUACAUUUUUCGAAACAAAUGCAAAAGCGACAUCCCAAAAUCCAUUAAAUCAGCGACCAAAUCUAAUAAAUAUGCCACCUAUACGGAGGUAUCCUGCAUUUUCUGAAUCGAACGUGAAAUUAAAUACGACGCAGCAAAAUACAUUCAAUCAGCAACUAAAUUCAAUGAAUAUUUCGAUGAGUCAGAAACCUUCUAGAAAUCAGCUGAAAGACCCACAUUUGUCAAAUUAUACACACUUUCACCCAUGGGAAAUUGAAAAUCCAGUAAGAAAUUCACCUUCUCCAACUGAAAAAGAAAGAAAGUCAAAACCAAAGAAACUUAAAAGCAUAAACAACAAUACUCAGUCUCAAUCCAAAGUAAUUGAAAAUAAAGGUCGCCCAAAGUCAGAAAGCCAAUCUCACGAAGUGGAAAUCGAAAGUCCAUUGAGAUAUCAGUCUUCCACACCUCGAGUAGAAAAAAUGUCAGAACAAACAAACUCUAAUGAAAACACUCAUAUUCAUGACCUUUUGAAGUUGAAAAAACAAAAUUUUCAGCAUGCGCCAAAAACUGAAACGGUGACAUCGAAUGCUGGUCAUAUAUUGGAUACCAACCAUUUGUUGACAAAUCAAACUGUUCAACCUUCCAAGAAUGUAUAUGACUCAGAAGUUAUUCAUGAGCAACGGGAACUAGAAGAAAAUCCACGUCCCACAGCUCGAAUGGAAACAAUGUCCAGGCCAACAACAAUAACAAAAAAAAUUCCUAAUGAAAAUACUGAGAUUAAGCACCCCUUAAAAAUUGAACAGCAAACUAUUCGAGAAGUUUCGGAAAGUAAAUCGGUGACAUCCAAUGCUACUGUAGAAACCCACCAUUCAGUGACAGAUCAAAACAGACAGUCGUCUACAAGUUUUCCCAAGAAUUCAUAUAAAUCGAAAAUAGAUCAACAGCGACCUAAAUCAGAUACAGUUUCAUUUCCUGCCUUUGGAAUUGAUAAAAUGUCAACAACAACAAUAUCAAAAAAAGCAAAAAAAAAUACUGAUACUCGUAGAAAAAGAAAAAAAUCGAAAAAAAGAAGUCGAGAUAAAAUAAAAACUGAAAAGAUGACAUCGAAUAAGUCACGGAUAUUGAAAACCAUUUAUAAGUUGGGGAAAAAAAAACAUCGGCAUUCUACAAAUUCUUCUAAGAAAUCAAAUGGUUCGAAAAGUAUUCAACAGCAACAUGAACCAGGUAGAAUUACACCCCCUACAUAUCGAAUAAAAAGUAUAUCCGGACCGACAAAAACAAUAAUUACAAGAAUUCCUAAUGAAAAUACUUAUAUGAGCAGACAUUCGAAAAAAACAAAUAAAAAUAUUCGGGGUGAGUCAAAAACAGAAACGGUGACAUCGAAUACUAGUCAAAUAUUGGAAACCAACCAUUCGUUAGCAGAUCAAAAUGUUCAACCUUCUGCAGGUUCUUCAAAAAAGUUAUAUGACUCUGAAAUGAAUCAACAGCCACGUAUACCAGACAAAAUUCCACUUUCUGCACCUCGAAUAAAAAAAAUUACAAGACCAACGAAAACGAAAAACUCUAAUGACAAAACUGAUAUUCAAGAAAUGUCGAAAACUGAUUUGGUGACAUCGAAUACUAGUGAAACAUUGAAAACGUACAGUCUGUCGACAAAUCAAAAUCUUCAAGUUUCUACAGGUUCUCCUAAGAAUUUACAUGAUUCUGAAAUAUAUCAACAGCAAGUUGAUCCAGUGGAAAUUUCACAUCCUACACCUCAAAUAGAAAAAAAGCCCAUACCUACAACAAUGAAAAUCUCAAUAAAAAAUAAUAAUUUUCAAGAACACAGGGAAAUAACAGAGCAUACUAUUCGGGAAGUGUCGGAAACCAAAUCAGUCACAUCAAAUACAAGUGAGAAUUUGAAAAUAUACAAUCUGCUAACAAAUCAACAUCAUCAGCCUUCCUCGGCCAAGAAUUCAUAUGAAUCGCAAAGAGAUCGACAGCAACAUAAUGUGGUUGUUGAAAAGUAUGAAGGAGAUAUGAACAAAGGAAAUGAAACUGAUGAAAUGAAAAAACUAUUUUUUUCAAAUCUUGCAAGGAUAUCUGAAAAUAGAAAUUUCAAACUUACAACUACUGAACCAAUAACACAUAUAACCGUGAGUAUCCAACCAGAGAAAACAGAAAAAGAGCUUUCACCUUCCACAAAUAGAGGAACAGACGGGGAGACGGGCGUGAAAACAAUAGGUUUCAACACAAUCGCUCUACUGGAGACGAAGCUGAGGUUCCAACUAGUACUGGCAAUUCCUGAAAAUCCGCCUAGAGAAGCAGACGUACCGUCAUUGGAAAGUGUCAUCGAUGUUCUGAAGAAUGAUUUACAUAACAAAGGAGAACUUACUCUGGAGGACGUUCUGAGAAUAUAUUACAGGGAUGAAAAGUUUUGUGAUGAACUAGUUGAUAUCACUACAAAACUUCUGUGGGAAGUCGAAUAAUUUUUUAAUUUGAUUAGUUCAUCUGUUCCAUGCAGGCUUGUCUUAUCAUUCACCGAAAGUUUGUUGGGAAAAUAGUUUUUAUUUGCUACUCCUCUACUCAACUACUAAAAAUCAAGACCAUUUCAAAAAUUUUAUCUGGUUGAGAGGUAGAAAUUGACCUCUAGCACAAACAAAACAAUAAAAAUGAAAACGAUUGAAAAAAUAGAAGGGUUGAUUCAACAUCAACAAAUAUCCUGCUUGAGAACAUAUCAGUUAACGUAAGAAAUGCGAUAACUGAUAUCGACAUUGUUUUUAUUCAAAUUCAUAUUAUAUUAUUAUUACAUAACUUAUAUUACUCAAGGUUAUAUUUUUCAGUAGAAAUGGUUCCUCAUAAACAUUGUUACAAUCUCUGAAAAACUCACGGAAGGCAUGCUGUUAUACUAUUAAUGAAUGGCAAACUUUUGAACAUGGAUAUCCAAAAUUUCUGCUAUAUUAUAGCCAAUCGUUAUGAUCCCAACCAAUUCAGCAGAAUGGUAUAGGUGGAGUCUGAAUAGUUCAAGCAACAAAUUUCAAUAUUGCCUCCAAUUUUGGGGCCACUCCCAUUUCAGCCAGAGCCAAAAAUUCAAUGUCGCAUAUCGUUUUACUUUAAUGGUCAAGGAGAACUACGUCAGACUUAUUGGUUUGUAUCUGCUUAGAUGGAUUAGGAUAUUGAAGAUAGUAUCCUGGCACACCAUGAUUAUCCUUCAGUCACUGACUCGGAAGGUAAAUAUCGGAUAACUAGAGAGACAAAAUCCGGCCAUGCUCGAAAGGAAUUUGUGGUAGCAAAAGUUUUGUCUACUACUGCGAUAAAUAUCAGCAGUGGUUUAUGCAUUGACUUCGAAAUAUUACCUACGUCUUCACAGUCAUCGUACAACCCACGGAAGAUGUCUGCCAUAGCGGAAUGUUUGGUACUACAAUUUCCUUUCGAUCACAGCCUACCAACCCGGAUUUUGUUCUUUCUAAUCGCGACUCUGUUGUGAACUGUGUGUAACGAAGUCAGUUGAAUUGGAAAAAAGUUGACCAUGCUGAAGCUUAUUCAAAUGAAGUUCCAAUCCCACUUUUCGUUUCAGAGAAACCAUAACAAAUUUUAAUUUUUUUAAAUGGACCGAAAAAAAUAAUCCACCGGUAUAAGUUGACAUUUUUGGCAAUCACCCCAGUGAUAUACGACACUAAUAAUUGUUUAUAUUUUGAAAUGUUUAAUCUGUAUAAUAGGCAACUUUUUCUAAUUCAAUCGAUUUUUUAUGUUUCAUUACGGUUCAGGUUUUUUCCAUGCUGGCCUUCUUUAUGUCAAACACAUUGUAAAGUAGUCUCUGCGGCUUCAAAAUAUAAGUUUCUGCUGAACUGACUACAACUGUAAAAUUAAGUAAGAAUUUCGCUUUAGGAAGGAAUGUUCCUACCAAUUUUUGUUUUUCCUGGUCACGAACCAUACAAAUAAAAAGAGCAGAACUCUUGGCGAGGCUAUGCAGACUUCAUAAGUACCAUUCUGUUUUCUGGACAAUCCACAUCCUUCCUGAUGUUGGGGAAAUAUUAUCGUGAAACUGGUAUUCUCUUCUCUGGUAAACUCUUUCAAACAUGUUUCCUCCGUUGCCAUCGUUUGAUAUAACAGUUAGGCUGAAAAUUUCGUGAGCUAACAUAG